AACAUAAAUUUUGUAAAUGGCGGCGAGGAGGAGAAAUCUCAGAUCAGGAAAAAAGGGCAGUUAACUGAUGUCUACCCAUACGUGAAUAAUUGCUUAUAGAAUAGUCAUGUCUACAAUCAUGUAUGGAAGAAGAGGGGGUAUGGCAACAAAUAAAAUGAUGACAGAAUUCCCAAGAGUUGGUUUAAUGGCUCAGGGAAUUAAUCCUAGAGACGUAGCAGUUUUUCAACCAAAAGAUUGGCAAAGAAUACAAAAUAGUUUAACUAAGUACAACCGUGAAGCAGAGGAACAUGCAGAACAGAAACGAGAGAGAGAAAAACUACAUGCAAAGUCAAAGAAAUUAGUUAAAAACUGGGAAAAUACUAUUGAGGGUCAGCGUUUAAAGAAAUUACAAGCUCGUAAAAUAAGAGAAGAACAGGAGGAAUUGGAGAGACAGGAGAUAGAUAUCGCAGAAGCUAAGUUACAAGCUGAAAAAAGAAAGGAAGCCAUCCAGAGAGCUAAGCAGCUUCAGUAUUACGACACUGAUCGUGUUAAAGGCUUUCAUGGAGCUUUGCUGUUGACUGAGGUGUUGAAAGAGCGUGAUGCACAAAUAGAAAUGAAAAAAGCAAAAAGUAAUUGGAGGAAGGAAAGAGAGACGCAUGCGCUGGCGUUGCAGAAAAAGAAUUAUAAAGACGCUAUCAGAGCUGAUUUAGAUAAAGCUCAAGCACGAUUUUCUCAAUCAUGCGAAGUAUCGAACUUCCAACGUGUACAGGUUAAAAACAAAGAGCAAAAUAUUUUGUUCGACAAGCAGAAGGAUAUCGAAGAAGGUAAAACUAUUGAACAACAGUACAAAGCGUUUUGUUCUGCAAAAGCUGCUAUUGCUGCUCAAGAAAGACACUCAAAGACAGUGUUGAUGAAUAAUUAUCAGAAAGAAAUCAUGCUUAAGAAGGAAAAGGAAGAACAAGAAAAAAUGCAAGAAAAAAUCGAAGAUGAAAAAAACAAGAAAUUUGUUAAUGCAAAGCGGAAAAUGACGAAAAUGAGAAAGGAAAAAGAAAAUGAGCUUUUCGAAGCUUUUCAAAACCACACCGAAAAAAUGCGCCAGCAGUUGCAACAAGAGAUGCAACAAAGAGUGGAUGACGAAGAUGAUCGCAUAGCGAAAGCUGUUGCUGAACGAGAAGCUAAACGAAUGGCUGAGGAGGAGCGGAAACAACGUGAGCAGAAGGAAACUUUAACGUUGAUAAAUGAACAUCGCAUAGCAAUGAUCAACGAAGCUGAAAGAAUAGGACAGGAGAAUCAAAAAAGAGAUAAAAGUUUGCUGAAGGAGCGCAUAAAAGAAGAUCGUCAGUUUCAUAAAAGCGUGAUUGAAGAUAAGGCGAAACAACGUGUAAAAGCCGCCGAAUUACAAAAUAUUCGCAACAAUCAAAAGAAAGCAAGAGCGUUAAAAGUUCAAGAAGAGUUCAACCAACAGCUCGAACGGGAUAAAAAGAAUACCGAACUACUGGUACAAGAAGAAGAGAUCUUUCAAGAAUAUGCUACCAAGGUUAUUGAAGAUGCCAAACGAGGAGAACGAAAUCCCUUUCCGUUAAUAAAAGCUAAAAAUGAAGGACCUGGUGGCGGUCGUGGACCAAAAUUUGAGGGUAAUGCUGGUCUGAGACCAAGUUACAUCGUAGCUGACGCCACUGGUGUGCAGCUUCCACACUACAUGAAGGACGAAGCUGUGUACUAUCAAUCCUACGGUCAUGUUGGAAAGUCAGGCAAGCGGCUAGGUUUUACAUGGUAGUUUUAAUCUUUUCCCAAAUUUCUAAAUUUUUGUACAUAUACACUAAAUCUAAAAUAUUUUGUUAGCAAGAAAUAUAACGUAUUAUUAUA